AUGUCAUUCGAAGGUCUCUACGAUUGCUGCUUCAAAAAUAUUGGAGUGGUCCAUUUUACUACUCCAUCUUCUAAAGAUGGCGAGGAGGAGCAGAAUGAGCUCACCACGUUAGAUGCUGUAUUUGCGAGCUCCCGCUACGUAGUAUUUUAUGUGCUGAGUUCGAGCAGUCCACGAUCGCUUGAGCUCGUUACGCCAUUGAAGCAUCUUAUUCAGCGUCGCAACGAAAGCAAUCCCGGUGAUUCGAAGGAGUAA